AUGGUCUCCGUCACGCACCUCCCAUCGACCCCGGCGUCAACGUCGAAACCCUCAAAAUCGAUCCUGAAACCGUUCUCGUCUUUAGCUGGCCAGAAACGCAAGAAGCUCGAUCUUUCCAUCCCAUCCGAUAUCUCGUCGGGCUCUGCCUACUCGGACUCAAAUGCUAGUCCUACUACGGCCACCACGCCCGGCGGUUCCCCUGGCCCGCGUAGGAAACGCGCACGGGUCAAAUUCGACGUGGCCAUGGACUCACCCGGAAGCAAGCCUGAGGCUAGUGGUGCUCGCAAUGACGAAGUUGUUGCUGAGAGGAACAAGGCGCUGGCAAGGGAGGAGGUCAGGCGUGCAAUUCAAAGACACCUUAUCGGUGAUAGCGAGGCGUACGAUCGUAUCAAGGAGAUGUUUUCGGCUGAUCCCAAGGUUAUGGAGGAGGAUGGGACACCCGUUUUCGACCUGCCUACUCCUGUUUCGCUGAAGAACCACCUUAUGGGCCUUUUGGGUAAUGUCUCUUCGCUUGAUGGUUCCUGCAGUGGCUUGGUACACGCCAUCUUGAACAGCGAGUGGGUUGGCAGAGACAAGUCGUAUGUCAAGCUGUUCGUCCAGUUUCUGGCUACCCUGUCAGCUGCACGCGGUGGAUAUCUGAACUCGGUGCUGAAGAUGCUGGUCAGCCGUCUGUGUCAAGUGGACCUACGCGCUGGGAAGCUGCCUGAUUAUGAUACCGUUCGUAGCUCGGAAAUCUACCAUCGAAUCCACUAUGCCAUCCGCUCCGUCGCCCAGGUUGUCCCCGCCUGUAGUGUCUCUCUCUCUCCAAUCUUGUCUACCACCUUCCCACACGACUCUGAUACUGUUAAGAACCAUCUUAUCUACACGCGUAAUCUCAUAAAGAUCGUAUCAUAUCUCCCUGAACUUCGCUCCGACAUCCUCGCCCUCAUCACGGAGAAGCUGGUCAAGAUUGACGCUCAAAACCAGGUGAACAUGGAAGACUUUGACGAGGACACUCAGCAGGAUAUCAUGGACGCCCUCAAUACCACAGACGUCUCGAUUCUCGACCAAGAUGAGGAUGGAUCGGACGAGGAAUCGGAAUUAAGUGACGAUGGAACCCUCGACCCGGACGCCCAGCGCAUCAAGGCCGUAAAGGCGUGCAUGCUAAAGGUUGAUCAUAUGGUCGACGUCCUCUUUGAAUACUACAACUACCCCUUCACAUCUGGCUCCCUCGAGGACCAGGAGCAAGUCCUCGACUUUCUUCUCGCACACUUUCAAAGCAUCAUCCUCCCGACCUACCGCUCCCGCCACGCCCAAUUUAUCCUCUUUCAUUUCGCCCAGGCUUCUCCCAUCUUUAUCGACCGCUUCGCUACAACCUGCAUCGAGAUCAUCCUCAGCAAGUCUCAGCCGGUCAUCAUUCGCCAGUAUGCAGCUGCAUAUCUUGCCAGCUUCGUCGCCCGUGGCGCUCAUGUCUCCGGCGAAGUGAUUCGUGAUGUCUUCAGUCUCCUCGGCACUCACCUCCUGAACCUACUCGAUUCUUACGACAAGGACUGCCGUGGUCCCGACCUCCGCCGUUAUGGGCCAUUCUAUGCCACUGCCCAGGCCCUCUUCUACAUCUUCUGCUUCCGCUGGAAAGACCUCACCAUUGCUGCCAUCGAGGCCGAAGCUGACGGCAACUCGCUAACCCACCUAGACGUCGACGAAGUGUCUUUCACCCAGGAGAUGAAAGAUAUGCUCCUCCGCGGCAUCUACUCAAACCUUAACCCUCUCAAGAUCUGCUCGCCUGGAAUUGUCGCCGAGUUCGCCAAAAUCACCCAAUACUUCAGUCUCUUCUACCUAUUCCCUCUACUCGAGAAGAACAAGCGUAUGCGCAUCCAUAACUUCCGUGGCAUUACUUCCAUGGCUAUGGACCCCGUGUUUGGAACCAUUGAACGUGAAACCCGCGCUGAUGAUAACUUCGUCACCCAACUUGAUGAUUAUUUCCCGUUCGAUCCAUAUAAGAUGCCCAGAGGCGCUAGAUGGUUGCGUGGGGAUUACGUCGAUUAUAAAGACGUGAGAAUCGCUGGUCUGGAUGAUCGUGGUCUCGACGAUGAAGAGGAUGAUGACACUGCGAGCGAAGAUGACGACGAAGAGGACGCUGACCUCGAUGGAUACACUGAGACCGAGGAGGAGUAA